AUGAGUUCUAGAGAAAAUGGCCUGGCCGCUGCCCACCAGGCAAAUGCCAUUGCGCCAACCAAGCUGACAGAGAAGGAAGCAAAGGAGAUUGCAGAGUACGAAAAGAUUCUGCGAUUUCGCGAUGCUGUGCUCUCUGGAGAGCACCCAACGAUCAAGAUUCAAGGGAACGUAGCUCUCUCGUCCAAGGCCACGAGAGCGCCGUCAGAACCCGGUGAAGUAGACGCAAAGUCACAAGCUCCAAAGCCGUCUUUUACAAGUACUCAGAAGCAGAACCCUUCUUUGCCGCCGCAUCUAGCGGAUGCUGGUGCUAAACCGGCUGAUUCUGAAAUCCCAAGACCAUUUGGGGCUGGGGCUGGUGUUGGGGUCGGGGCCGCGACGACGCAGAUCAAUCCCAUUUUUCUUGAAAAAUCUGACGAACUUGUUAGGGCUGAAAUCCAGCUGCAGAGACAAAGGCUUGAACGUGCCCUAAGAGAAGAACUUGAGAACCAUCGAAACACGAGGCACGCAGAGCCCGUCAUCGAAUUUGAUCUGUCUGAUGUCCUCGCCAAGGCUCUGACCCUUGUCCAGGCCUCUGCUACACCUUUUGCCGCCAAUAGGGGCUUGACUGCUAAUUCUGCAAGUGAUUCUUUCGACGAUAGAACUUACUACUCCUCACAACAUGAGACGCCUGACUCUAACCUAACUUCACGUGUGCGCCGCUCGACUGAUGAGGGGAUGAUGAUGGUUGACGGCCGCAGGGAAUCUCAAUCAGGGCCUCGUCAAACCAUCAACAGUGGAAGCCAUGUGGCUGCUACUGCGAGAGACUACCCAGCCGCAGGUUCUUCAUCCCAACCCUUCUACCAGGCUCCUGGCCCUGUGGCAAACGCUACUCCUAGUAGGCCAGAAAAGCAACAGGUUCCUGGCCUUCAUCACUUGCAUGUCGAUAGUGGCAGCCUACCAGCUCCCCAUGCUCCAGCUAUUGCUGCCAUCGCUACUGGUGCAGAGGCCAACCGGACAGCUGAAAGAGGCCACCAAGGUCCUGAAAACAGCGUUCCUGAGCCUGCUCAGAAUCAGUCCGGGCAGCCACUCCCCCCCUUGAUUCGAAACCAUGACUUGGUACCUAUUGCUCCGCAGCCGGCAAAAAUCGCACCCUUGACUGUAGUCAACGUGCAAACCCCCGUCGCCGAAACAGUCGUACCCGCACCUCUAGCUGUGCCAGCGCAAGCGCAGGUGGCAGCUCUUAGGAAUGAAGCUCCUGCUGCUGCUGUCUCCGAUAGCUCUUCUCAGGGUACGAAAGAAGCUGAUCAGAGAAAGAAGAAGAAGAAGAGAAAGGUCGAACGGCAAGCGCCAGAGGCCGAGGCCAGCCCUCGUAUCAAAGUUGAGCCUCGUUCACAAUCGCCCGUGACCGCUCCAGCGUACACCAGACCCAGCAAACGACAGAGACAAUCUCAAGUACAUGCUAAUGAAUCUGAACGACCUGAGCCGAGACAUAUUCAGCCUCCAUCAAAUGCUUCCUAUGAGCGGCAGCCAUCACAAGUAUAUCGAGGCGAGCGAGCUCCCGUAACUUACCAGGCUCCCGAGCCUAGGCGAAUCAUUCUUCGCCAUGCUCAGGCCACAGAGCCCGCUGCUGCUCUCAACUAUGACAGAGAUUUCAUUGAUGACCGUCUUGCGUCUGGUGAGGGCUUCAUACGUCUGCCUCAUUCAGGCGAGCACUACGUACGCCGGGAGUACGCCCGUGAGACGGAUGCUUUGGAUAGAGCAAGGCAUGGGACGAUUGUUAGAGAGCCAUACGUCAUCUCGGAAGGCCCAUAUCGAGAACCCGCACGCGUCUAUCAUGAGCCUCUUGAAGCCCCACGCGCGAGCGUACGGCCAGAGGGUGAGUCUUUCAUAGUUCCUCCCCGGCCACCAACACGGGUUAUGGUAGAUUCAUACGGACGAGAGUACAUCGAGCCUGCGCUUUCCUCUGCGCGGCAAUCUGUUGCCCCCUUGCCCCGAUCUGGAGAACCAGAGGUAAUCUAUGAGAGACUACCACCUACCCAGCCCUUGUCAGGUCACCCUGGAGCUGGAGUACCAUACAACGAAAGUGGUGUGGUAUACACAAGACCUCUGUCCGUCUACGAUCCCGUCAAUAGAGUAUAUGUAUCACAGCCACCCGAGUCUCCUUACGAUCAUAGGGAUGGUCAGUAUCGCGAACAUCAGUUACAGCAAAGAGGCUAUAUUCAACUCUCGGGACCUCAUGACCGCAGAAUCGUCGAGGAACGGCCCAUAGAGUAUGCUUCGCGACCAGUUGGCUAUCAGGCGUCCGACCGAGUGCGGCUCGAACCUACUGGCCAGCCAUAUUAUCGUAUGCACAGCAUACACCCCGAUGCUAGCGGCAGAGAAGCGACUUCUGCUUCGACUCUCCGCUAUGAUAGUCGCCGCCCAGAAGGCCCUCAGCCGUAUGUCAGAGAAUAUCUUGGCAGUCCCAUGCAGCGACAUCCGACUGUUCACAGAGAAUACAGCGUGCGGCCCCCCGAGCGAUUCCAGGGACCUCCAGCACCUGCAAGGGGAUCCAAUGAGAUUGCCUUUAUUGAGCAGCCUCGAGCAGCAACCCGGGAAAUCGUGUACGUGGAUGACGUCAGAAGAGAGGUUUAUCGGUAA